CUCACUUCCCGGGGCCAGGCCGGCCUGGACGGCGCGGCGGGCCACCCUGGGCCAUGGCUGACGGGACAGCAGAGCCGGGGGCCGAACGGCGGGACCUCGCGGCGUUUCAGGGCUCGAGCGCGCCGCGGCCCUACGGCUACGGACCCGGCAGCCUGCAGGAGCUGCGGGCGCGUGAGUUCGGCCGCCUGGCAGGAACUAUCUACCUUGAUCAUGCAGGAGCCACCUUAUUCCCCAAGAGCCAGCUUGAAAACUUCACUCGUGAUCUCAUGGAAAAUGUUUAUGGUAAUCCUCACAGCCAGAACAUCAGCAGCAAGCUCACCCAUGACACUGUGGAGCAGGUGCGCUACAGGAUCCUGGCGCACUUCCACACCACCGCAGAGGACUACAGCGUGAUUUUCACUGCCGGGAGCACUGCCGCUCUCAAACUGGUGGCAGAGGCCUUUCCGUGGGUGUCCCCAGGCCCCGACAGCAGUGGGAGUAGGUUCUGUUACCUCACCGACAGCCACACCUCCGUGGUGGGCAUGAGGCAGGUGACCGCGGCCUGGAAUGUCACGUCCACUGCGGUCAGGCCAGAGGACCUAUGGUCGGCCGAGGAGCCGGGCGCUGCGGACAGUGACGCCGACUGCCAGCUGCCGCACCUCUUCUGUUACCCGGCUCAGAGCAACUUUUCCGGAACCAGGUACCCUCUGUCCUGGACAGCAGACGUCCAGUCCGGGCGGAGGCGCCCCGUGAGCACGCCCGGGAAGUGGUUCGUGUUGCUGGAUGCGGCCGCCUACGUGAGCACCUCGCCGCUGAACCUGUCGGCACACCCAGCUGACUUUGUCCCCAUCUCCUUCUAUAAGAUCUUUGGAUUCCCCACGGGCCUGGGCGCUCUGCUGGUCAGUAAUCGCGUGGCGCCUCUGCUGAGGAAGACCUACUUUGGGGGAGGCUCGGCCGCUGCCUACCUCGCCGGAGAAGACUUUUAUGUCCCAAGGCCGUCAGUGGCUGAAAGGUUUGAAGAUGGCACCAUCUCGUUCCUUGAUGUGAUUGCAGUGAAACAUGGAUUUGAUGCCCUAGAGCGCCUCACAGGUGGGAUGGAGAAUAUAAAGCAACACACCUUUGCCUUGGCUCAGUACACCUACGCUGCCCUGGCCUCCCUCCGGUACUCCAGUGGAGCCCCCGUGGUGCGGAUUUACAGCGAUUCUGAGUUCAGCAGCCCUGAGGUUCAGGGUCCAAUCAUCAAUUUUAAUGUGCUGGAUGACAUUGGGAAUGUCAUUGGUUACUCCCAGGUGGACAAAAUGGCCAGUCUUUACAACAUCCAUUUGCGAACGGGCUGCUUCUGUAACACUGGGGCCUGCCAGAGGCACCUGGGAAUAAGCAAUGAGAUGGUCAGGAAGCAUGUUCAGGCUGGUCAUGUCUGUGGAGACGAUAUUGACCUUGUAGAUGGGCAUCCUACCGGCUCAGUGAGAAUUUCGUUUGGAUACAUGUCUACACUGGAGGAUGCCCAGGCCUUUCUCAGGUUCAUCAUAGGCACCUACCUGUGCUUGGCAGAUGGCCAGCCUGUCCUUCAAGCCCCUGCUCCCAGGCAGGGCGAGUGUGGCCGCAGCCCUUCCCCUCAGGAAGGUGCCCCCACAGACUCCAGGGUUGGGACCAACUUGUCCUCUGCCAUCAGUGCCAUGGCUUUGUCCCCACCUUUGUGUGAGGCCCCCGGAACUCAGCAGACACCUUCAGAGAAAGCCACAGGGGACCUUGAUGGGGACCUCGGGCCACACGUUGUCACCAACAUUUAUCUCUACCCGAUUAAAUCCUGCGCUGCAUUUGAGGUGACCAGGUGGCCUAUAGGAAACCAAGGGCUGCUGUUUGACCGGAGCUGGAUGAUUGUGAAUCACAAUGGUGCUUGCCUGACCCAGAAGCAAGAGCCACGGCUCUGUCUGAUCCAGCCCUUCAUCAACCUACAGCAAAAGGUCAUGGUCAUCAAAGCUAAAGGGAUGGAGCCUAUAGAGGUGCCUCUUGAAGAAAACAGUGAACAGGCUCAAAUUUGCCAAAGCAAGGUCUGUGCUGACAGGGUAGAUACUUAUGAUUGUGGAGAAAAAAUUUCAAGCUGGUUGUCAAAGUUUUUUGGCCGUCCAUGUCACUUGAUCAAACAAAGUUCCAAGUCUCAAAGAAAUGCAAAGAAGAAACAUGGAAAAGGUCAAAGUCCUGGUACGACAGCCACCCUUUCUCUGGUGAAUGAGGCACCGUAUCUGCUGGUAAACACAUCAAGUGUUUGGGAACUUCACCAGCAACUGAAUGCCAGUGACCAGAAUGGAAAGGGGGAAUUAUUCCCAAUGAAAGAUCUCAUCUUGCGUUUUCGUGCCAAUAUUAUUACCAAUGGAACGAAGGCUUUUGAAGAAGAGAAAUGGGAUGAGAUUUUAAUUGGUUCCUUGCGUUUCCAGGUGUUGGGGCCUUGUCACAGAUGUCAGAUGAUUUGCAUUGAUCAGCAAACAAGCCAGCGAAACCAAGACGUUUUUCAAACACUUUCAGAGAGUCGCAAGAGAAAGGUGAACUUUGGCGUGUACCUGAUGCAUAUGUCUUUGGAUUCGUCUUCUCCAUGUUUCCUAUCUGUGGGAUCUCGGGUGCUCCCUGUGUUGAAAGAGAACCUGGAACCUGCUUCCGAGAAACACCAAGAUGUUAUCUCUUAGCAUUUUUUUUCUAGUAUACAUUAAAAUUUUC